CAGUAUGCGCUUCCCUCUCCGGACCUCUAGGCGGCGCUGUAACAUUAGCCGCAAACCGCCGUUAAACAUAAGGAGAAGAAGACGACAGUUGCGGGAAAACUGAAGUGGAUCAUUCCUGCGUUAUCAAACUUCAAAUUGUAGAAAACAAGCUUUUAAAAAUGACCAUGAAAACCCCAGUGGCCAUUGAUGUCAAAAAGGGGAUUUCAGUCCUUUGGGAGACUCUGCAGUGUCCCAUAUGCUUGGAUUUAAUGACUGCACCUGUAUCUACUAACUGUGACCAUCAGUUUUGCAAAUUUUGUAUGUUGAAACUUUUGGACAACACCAAACAAAACAAGGCUGCAUGUCCAGUGUGUAAAACCAAGAUAACUAAAAGGAGCUUGCAGGAGAGCCCUGGGUUUCAGAGACUUGUAGCAGGACUUCAGGACAUGAUACAGGCAUAUGAAUAUGACACUGGCACAAACUACUUAACUGGAAUGUCAAGGCAAAAAGAUCAGUCGGGAGUCACAGAUGCUGAAGCUGCUGAACAUUGUCAUGAUAUGUCAUUUGGAAACACACCUGGCAAUGGGGAAAUUGUCGACAAUGAUGAUAUUUCAAGGUCUCUCUCUUCGACUAUAGCAGCCCAGACUGGAUUUGCAAGACUGAUGGAACUUGAAGACACAAGUCCUUUGACAACAGAAAAUGAAGGCCUGGACAGUGGCCUUGGGGAGGCCCCACUAAUGUCUGACAGGAAAAUGCGCAGCCCUACAGAUAAUUUGGAACCAGUAGAAACAGAAAUGUCUGUUGUGAAAACAGCAACAUCAGUACACAAAACUAGAGGCAAUAAGCAAUUCCACAAACUGGAGAAAACCUCCCUUUGUGCAUCAAUAAUUCCAGACGAGACCAAACACCAACCUUUAAGAAAAUCCUCAAGGAAGAAGCAGAAAACGGAUUUGGAGUCUGACAAGAUUCUUAAGGAGAAACAGAAGAAAAGUCUAGAGAAAGUUGCUGAGUGGCUCAUGAACGUUCCAACUGAAGAAAGUCUUGAGUUAGAGAAACUCAACGAAGACACCGAUGACUCGGACAGCUGUUCUUCCUCUUCAACAAUAGAUGUCAAGCAACACAACAGUGAUGUGAAUCCUGGGAGAGUGGAUCGUGCUAAAGCCCUUGAGGAGCAGGUGUUUGGGGCGGUCUACAAACGAGAGCGAAGGGGGUCCAGAGUUGUCUCAUCUCCACUUAAUGUUUUUGUCAAGCCAUCAACAACUGAAGAAACACCAACUGUCUCCAAAAGAAGAAAGAGUGUUCUCACUCCUGCAGAUUAUUUCAAGAAAACAGGCUCUGAAGGUAAAAGUGCAAGUGACAUGGAGGAAGAGCAACACAGGUUAGAAAGAGUAAAUGACAACAGCAGUGACAUUUUUGAAGAAGCUGGACAAAUCAAGGCCAUGAAGAAAAAUGAUAUAGACAAAUAUAAGGAAGAGUCAAUCAACUUUCUAGAAAGUGACAAAAAUAAUGGCAAAGAUGAGGUUUCCUCUCCCGUGUUUGAUAUUGGACAACAGCUACCAGAUAGAAAGUCAAAGAAAAGUACGCGCAGCAGUCUGCAGCAGGUCGACAUUGAUUUGCAAGAGAAAGCUCAGGCAACUUUAGAAAGUACUGAGCAAAAGAAAACUGACAAGAGGAAAGUUAAAAACAUGAGGUUGGAAAAAGCCAAGCCUGCUAGAGUUCCAAAACCCCUUGUUCUGGUUGGAGUUAGAAAUGGAGAAACCAGUUGUAAGACUAGACCAAGGUCAGGAGAAGUUCAAGUUCAUAUUGAGAAUUACCCUAGCAGCGAAGACCAAGAAACCCCUGUCGUAAGGAGCAAGAGGAGAAGUAGAAGACUUCAACUCUUCACUGAAGAAAUCCAAGAAUGUCACAAGAAAGCAGACUUGAAAGCCAAUAAAGAUGAAAAAAACUGCAAUGUUGGAAAGCAAUCUGAGAAUGCUAAAGAUGGAACAUUGGAUAAUACGGCAUCACCAUCCACGAAUGAAAACAUGGCAAAGGUGGCUGAAAGAAACGGAUGUAUUUAUGAUCAAGAUAUAGAAGAAAUAGAAAACAUGGAGUUUGAUGAGAGAACAUCUUAUAUGAGACCAACCGAAGAUGUUAAAAAGUCCCUUGCUGAAGUGCCAAAGGCUGAAACCUUGUCUGAAGCUAGUGCUGCGUGUUAUGUCACUGUUGUUCCAAGCUCUUCAAGUCCAACUGAAGCAGCUGUGGUCAAUCCAACACUUGAAAGUGACAAUCCAACAAAUCGUCUCCCAAACAAUGUUCAGUUGGAAACCUUCCCUAGCCAGGGAAAAGGUGCUGAGAUAGAAAAUGCGGAGGAUAAUAAUGACAGUGAAGUGGACACAGAGCAACUUCUCAGGAGCUUCAAAGCCAUUAAAAGGAAAUCUUUCCAUCUUGGCGGUUCAAACUUGAAAAGGGGCCGUGGUUUACACCAAGAAAACUUCAAGGGUGCCGAAGCACAGGAAAACCAGCGUCUUUGUUCUGAUGUUGAAUCUGCAAAAUAUCCGAUAUACACAAAGGCAUCUGAAAUCACCAACCAAGAGGCGUUAGGAGACAAUAAAAACUCGUCUUGCAGUGAUUUGAUAUCCCCUUCCUUUUCACCCGCCCCGGCAAGGCAUCCAGUUGUUGAGAAACCAGAUCAAAUGGUGGUAGCAGCCUCGACCCCUGGUAGCAGUCAGGACAGCGCCGGUGGUGACUGUGUCUCCAAUAGUGUCAGCAGCGCCCUCACUCCAAAUAAAGUUUCCAAACGUGAGAUAGAAAGUCCUCAUCUUUCUGAUAUGUCUCAAGUAGUGGAUUCUGGGCUCUGCUUCACAGGCGCUGAACGCAAGGAGCCAAAUGAACCCUCCAAUUGUUCUCAAAUCCCAGAGAAACAGCAGGGUGCCGGCAGAGGAAGGGAGAUAAGAGACAGCACGUCUGUGUCCCAGUCAGCUGCCAAUGGAAUACAUUCAGUCAACAGUGCUGAACAUUUCUCAAACGCAGAGUGCUCUUUAACUCCCGAUGGCCUUGUAAUACCUGUUGUACAAAUUGUCCACGAAGCACAGUCAGACAGCCAUGGUAGUACCAGUUCCUCCAUCAGUGGCAUGCCCAGGAAGAGGACAAGGGCCCAACGGCUCACCUCUUCAUUGGAAUCAGACUGCAGUGAAGAGGGAUUACCAACUUUGACAGAAAUCUUUGGAACUUCUGCUCUUCCCCCUGCGGUGACAAAGGAGCUGGCAGGCUUCAGUGAAGCUAAUAGAUGUGAGGAUGCUACAGUUUGUGGAGCAAAACAGUUGGACCGUCCACCUGCAUGCCCCAGCCCAGACUGUGACAAUUCCAGCCAAGGAUCUGUGGACUUAUUUGGAACGCCAGAUGAUUGUGAUGUCCCAGUAAACCACGCCAACGUUUCCUCACAAAUUGAAUCAUCACAAUUUUCAAACGAAGUCCUUGUUACACAGCAAAAAAUAGAAAUGCAGAAGGAGCUGGUGAGAUUGGAGAAGUUGAUGGCUCUGGUGACGGAGGUGCUUCAGGAAAAAGAAGGCAGUCCUGCAAAAGAAGUCUCCUCAAAAACUAUUCAGAGCAGCAAAACCACAGACCCACACGCUCACAUACUCCUCCCUUGUGACCAGGGCAGAGGCCAAGGUUCAGACUGGAAAGCUGUUCCAGAAGCAGAGCAAGAGCCCAGCACGAGACCAUCUGAUGGCCAAGAGGUCAUCCAGCCCAGUGGGUCAAAGCAUGGCAGCACUGCAGAGAUGGCAGUGCAGCGCUCCACAGACACAGGGCCGAGUGUUAAAGGCACAGCAGUCUCCAAAACUCCUAUCUCAACUUCAGCAGCAAAAACAUUAAAGAGCAAUGGUUCACCAUCAGAUGGGCAUGAAGACAAAGAGAAUAACACUCCACCGAGAGACAGAACUAAAGCGAAGAUGGUGCUAGUGUCAUCUGGAUUAGGCCCCAAUGAACAGAUAAUGGUCAAAAGGUUUGCCAAGCGAGUUGGUGCCCGUGUGGUUUCCCAGGUAACGCCAGAGGUGACCCAUAUCAUAAUGCACACAGAUGAACAACUGGUAUGUGAGCGCACACUGAAGUACUUCCUCGGCAUUGCGGCCAGGAAGUGGGUGGUGAGCUUCCAGUGGAUUUCAGAGUGCUUCAAACUAAAGAAACUCUUAGAUGAGAGUGUCUUUGAAGUGAGAGGUGACGUGGUGAACGGAGCCAGCCACCACGGCCCCAUGAGAGCUCGCACCACUGAAGAUAAUAACUUACUCCUGAAGGGCUACACAAUCUAUUUGCAAGGGCCUUUCACAGACAUGACUACAGAGGAAAUGGAGUGGAUGGUGGAGCUCUGUGGAGCAGCUGUAGUCAAAGAUCCUCUUCUCCUCGACAGUAAAAAGAAGACCCAUCAGCUGGUGAUUGUACAGCCUGGUUCAGAGUCUUCAGCGUCGUCCACAUACAGCAGUCUUUCUAAACAAGCUACAGUCGUGACACGUGGUUGGCUGUUGGAUACCGUGGCAACCUACACCCUUCAAAACUACGACAAGUACACAACAUAGGAGGAAGAGCCAAGUACAUUAAACCCACAGCCAUGACCUAUUUUUACAACGUCUGUUUUUUAAUGUCAAAUACUGUAUCUAAACUGCCAUUCAUCUGUUUUAUUGACAAUGCUCUGUUUGUUGUUUAUUGAUGUAUAUAAAGUUUAAUCAACAGAA